AUGGUCGGUGUACCAACAAGUAACAGGUGUGAUAACUGUCGGAUAAGGAAGAAGAAGUGUGGAGAGCAGCGUCCAUCUUGCGCAGAAUGCAUUCGUAGUGGUUGGGACUGCCCGGGAUACCCACCCCGUUGGAAAUUCGUGAACGAAGCGCCUAGAUUAAAACGAUUGUAUUCUAGGAGGAAAUACAUCUUCGAAUGCAGUACUAUAAGCCCAGAUGCUAUGGCACCGGAGACGACCAUUCUUAGUUCCAUAGAAUCUGAUUCGAAUUGGAUUCUUUCGGAGAAGCUUGAAGUAGCUGGAGUCCCUCUAGAAAUUCCUCGAUUUCACGGGAACAAUCCCCUGGCUACUAAAUUGAUGUACUGCUUGGGAUGCAAAGUGAAAGGGAAUCUAGUACCUCUUUGGCUGAUUGGAUCAUUUUUCCAAUAUAUACCUGAUCGUUUGGGUCACAACAUCGCUCUCGAUGACGCCAUAACUUGCGUUUGCAGUCUGUAUUGCGACACGUCUUCGGAUGAAUAUACCAAAUCGAAAGCCAUCUACAGAAAUUAUAUUCGAGCCUUAUCUUCAUUACAAAAGUGUUUAGUCGAAGAACGUCUCCGUUUUCAACCGGAAACACUGUGUGCUUCUCUUUUAUUGCAGAUGUGCGAACUUCUUGUGAAUGUUGAUAAACACAAAUGGAUUGAUCUCGCUCGUGGAACCUCUCAGCUCAUUCAAGCACGGGGGGUUGGUCGAUACAAAGAUCCAUUUGAUCUCGAAAUGCUAGAAUCUCAGCUGAGUUACAUUGUCAUCCAAUCUGCCAAAUUCAAUGAACACUGCUAUCUCCGCCAACCAGAAUGGCGGGCACUCCUCGCAACUACAUCUAAAUGGCCUAGCAAUGCGAUCACCUUGAAAGAGCUCAAAUCUCUGGAAUUAAGGACCCAGCUUUGUCAUCAGCUAUUUGAAAUACCUAGCGUUCUUAUGGCAGCUUCGUCGUCUUUUCAGAAUUCCGGUGGAUUUUUGGCAGGAUCUCAUCCUGUUAUCAUGGAUAAUAUUCUUGAAAUUUGUUCUGAGAUGAAAGCAUGGCUAAGUCGCGAAGUAGAGCCUCACAUUUUUCCCAAUCCAUGCAAUACGACUAGAACUACAGUUGAAUAUUCGGAUCCAAUUGCAGGUGUCGUAGACUGCGUGACCAAUACAACACUUCUGACACUCGACAAAGUGAUCUGUUCAUUAUAUCACGGAAGCAUAGCAACACACGCAGUUGAUACAUUCGAUGACCCGGAGAUCGUAGCGAGGUGGUAUCGCCGAGCACUAGUGGCGUAUGAUUUCGUGCAAGGCGAGUCAAGAUUUGUCGCUAAACCUCUAGAAAUUGGGUUGCGACAGUUACAAUCAUCUAGUCCGAAGCCACUCCCGUUGAUGAAAUCAUGA